UAGGAGCAGGUGCCGCAUUUCCGCAUCACACCUUGUGAUGCAGUCAUGUCACAAAUAUAACUGUGGUUCCAGCUAUAGAGCUGAUACGGAUAUGCCUGUCACUUGCACCCCCACGCGGAGUAGAAAAACUUCCCGACUGGCCACAUUGACAGUGGAGACACAAUCUUAUUUCGAAGUCCGAACAAAUGCCUGGCAAAGUAUAUUCCACAGAGGAGAGCAAAGCUCUUCUUGAUUCGUUCCCUCCAAACCCAGUGCUUCGGACCAAUCCUUGCUCUCCGCAUCCGCCCCUUGCUUUGCAGUGACCUUCAUUCUUGCAGAUGCCGAAUGCAUGGGGUACGUAGAGUUACAUUGCGCACUGCAAAU